AUGGAUAGAUCAAGCCAUCUACCUGCGUACGCCUAUAUUUCUCCAGAAAAGGCUCAACUCUAUGCCGAGGACACGCGCAAAGGAUUCUAUGGCCUCAGCCCGGCGGAAAAGCUGUGGAAAGAUCGCCAGCCGUUCCUUGAGAGAACAGGUUACACUUUGAGGAAACGUUAUUAUACAGAUUGGACUCCGUCUUGGAUAGGCAAGAAUGUGGAUCCCAUAUUUUGCGAGGAUUCCAUCAUGCUCAAUAACUAUAACGUCAUCGACGCUAUACGGUGUCGGGAUGGAAUGCUCGUUGCUAUCAAGACCACCAGAGGCGACACGGAUGAGAUUGCUAUCGCCAAGUUUCUCUCUUCGCCCGAUUUGAUUAAUCACCCCUCAAACCACUGUGCUCCACUAAUAGAUUUGCUGCCCGAUCCGCUUGGAAGCAGCAAAAUGCUAAUGGUCACUCCAUAUUUGCGGCCAUUUGAUGACCCAGAAUUUGGUGUUGUUGGAGAAGUACUCGACUUUGUAUUUCAAACAUUACAAGGUCUCCAAUUUCUCCACCAGUGCGGAGUGGCUCAUCGAGAUUGUGCAUCCGCAAAUAUUAUGAUGGAUGGUCGCUCUCUGUAUCCUCAAGGCCAUCAUCCUAUUCGGGAUCACUGCUCCUUGGAUGGCGUUGUUGAACUUGUCCCCUUAUCGCGGAUUGAUCAUCCCGUUCGCUACUACUUUAUUGACUUCGGCAUAUCGACGCGAUUUUCCGAAAAUUCUUCGCCUCUGGUGCUUGGAAAGAACGGCAGAGAUCAAGACGUCCCCGAACUGUCCUCUGAUGUACCAUAUGAUGCAUACAAGGUAGACAUCUUUGUUCUAGGGAAUGUGUACGACAAAGAAUUUAUACAGAAAUAUCAUGGUUUGGACUUCCUACAGUCGCUUGUAGGUGCAAUGAAGCAAUCAGUACCAGGCCGACGCCCUACAGCGCAGGAUACAUUGAAGUCACUGGAGGAAAUCCAGGCCACUUUAAGUAGUGUUCUACUGCGUUGGCGACUACGACCACGUUCUGAGACGCCUCCGGAGCGUAUUCUUCAUGAUACUGUCGCUGCUGCGCGGGAAGGAAUAUAUCAUCUCAAGCGCCUUGUUACAUAG